AUGGUGAAAACAGGGUGUGCACGCCGGUUUGUGCGUGCUGCUAGCACGGUGGCUACGGUAGAAACCAUUCCAAAAUUUCCCCGUGGCUCCAGGAUCUUUUCGUUGAUCCAACCAACUGGUAAAAUCCAUGUUGGAAACUACUUAGGCGCAGUGAGAAACUGGAAACAAAUCAUCGACGAGUCUCCCGAAGGAGUCGAUUGUAUUUUCGGAACCGCCGACCUUCAUUCGUUGACUCAAGCUCCUGCUGCUGGUGACCUCUUGGAGAACAGAUACGGCGCCAUGGCAAGUCUUCUCAGUUCUGGAAUCGACCCAGACAAGUGUAUUCUUUUCCACCAGUCGAGUGUACCUGAGCACUCAGAGCUCUACUGGAUCUUGACGUGUAUCACUAGUAUGGGGGCACUCAACAGAAUGACGCAAUGGAAGCUGAAAGCCUCGAUUGACGAGACUCUGAAUAUUUACUCAGAACAGGUUAUGGGAAAGACUAAAGCGGGCAUUUUGUUGUACCCUGUACUCCAAGCUGCAGAUGUUUUGCUUUACAACUCCACACAUGUUCCUGUUGGUGAUGACCAGAGCCAACACUUGGAGUUGUGCAGAGGCAUAGCUUCGUCGUUCAAUCAUACAUACGGUGAGUUUUUCACGCUCCCCACCACUAUAUUGACGCCAACAAAGAAGAUUCUCUCUCUCAGGAAUCCAGAAAAAAAGAUGUCUAAGUCUGAUAAGGACCAGUCAUCAUCGGUGUACAUGACGGAUGAUGCAGAUACCAUUGCGAGGAAAUUCCGUAAAGCAGUGACAGACUCUAUUCAGGGCGAAGUAACAUUCGAUCCAGUGAAGCGUCCGGGAGUGUCGAACCUCGUUAACAUCAUUGCUGGAAUACAGAACAAUACGAUUGACGAGACAGUGAAGAAUAUAUCAUGGAUGACAAGUCACAAACAGCUCAAGGAUUAUGUGACGGAAAUGGUCGUUGAGGAGUUCAAAGACAAGAAAAGAUUGUAUGACUCUUUGAUGGAGGAUAGGGCCAAUCUUGAUGCCAUUUGCAGGCGAGGAGCAGAUAGGGCCCGAGAGAUUGCGUCACGCAAUCUUGAACAAGUGAAGAAGCAGGUAGGACUUUCCUGA